AUGGAGCCAAGGGCGGCCCAAGUGCGGAGGAGAGAAAGGCCAGGAAGACAGCAGAAGGACCAGCCGUCCAGAGAAGGAGAACCCUGUUCUGGGGGUGCAGAACGCCCAGGUGGCAUUGGAGGAAACGUGGAGAUGCACAGAGGCCCAGAUUUGGUGCAAUGGACCCAGCAUAUGCAGGCUGUCAAGACACAGUUGCUGGAGCAAGCGCAGGGCCAGCUGAUGGAGCUGCUGGAUCAGGCCAUGUGGGAGGCCGUUCAAGCUUACCCACUGCAAGACAGACCAGUGCCCUCCGUCCCUCCAGACUGCUUGCACAAGACCCGGGAGCCAUCCCUGGGGAAACGAAAAGUUUUCAUCAUCCGCAAGUCCCUGCUUGACGAGCUGAUGGAGGUGCCACACUUCCGCACCAUCUACCAUAUGUUUGUCGCCGGCCUGUGUGUCUUCAUCAUCAGCACCCUGGCCAUCGACCUCAUUGAUGAGGGCAGGCUGAUGAUGGAGUUUGAUCUACUGACCUUCAGCUUCGGACAGCUGCCCUUGGCUCUGGUGACGUGGGUCCCCAUGUUCCUGUCCACUCUGCUGGUGCCCUACCAGGCCCUGCGGCUGUGGGAGAGGCCCCAGUCUGGAGGGGCCUGGACCCUGGGGGUGGGCCUGGGCUGCUUGCUGCUGGCUGCCCACACCGUGGUGCUCAGCAUCCUCCCGGUCCACGUGGCAGUGGAGUAUCAGCUCCCGCCAGCCUCCCGCUGUGUCCUAGUCUUUGAGCAGGUCAGGCUCCUGAUGAAAAGCUACUCCUUCCUGAGAGAGACAGUACCUGGGACACUUAGGGCCAGAGGAGGUGAGGGGAUCCGGGCCCCCAGUUUCUCCAGCUACCUCUAUUUCCUCUUCUGCCCCACACUCAUCUAUAGGGAAACUUACCCCAGGACACCCAACGUCAGGUGGAGUUAUGUGGCCAAGAACUUUGCCCAGGCCCUGGGCUGUGUGCUCUACGCCUGUUUCAUCCUGGGCCGCCUCUGUGUUCCUGUCUUUGCCAACAUGAGCCAGAAGCCUUUCAGCACCCGUGCCCUGGUGCUCUCCAUCAUGCAUGCCACCUUGCCAGGCAUUUUUAUGCUGCUGCUCAUCUUCUUUGCCUUCCUUCACUGUUGGCUCAACGCCUUUGCGGAGAUGCUACGAUUUGGAGACAGAAUGUUCUAUCGGGACUGGUGGAACUCAACAUCCUUCUCCAACUACUACCGCACAUGGAACGUGGUGGUCCAUGACUGGCUGUACAGCUACGUGUAUCAAGAUGGGCUUUGGCUCCUUGGUGGCCGGGCCCGAGGCGCGGCCAUGCUGGGCGUGUUCCUGGUCUCAGCAGUGGUCCAUGAGUACAUCUUCUGCUUCGUCCUGGGAUUCUUCUACCCCGUCAUGCUGUUGCUCUUUCUUGUCUUUGGAGGGCCACUGAACUUCACGAUGCACGACCGGCGCACGGGCCCAGCGUGGAACGUGCUCAUGUGGACCUUGCUCUUCCUGGGCCAGGGCAUCCAAGUCAGCCUGUACUGCCAGGAGUGGUAUGCACGGCGCCACUGCCCCCUGCCCCAGACAACCUUCUGGGGGCUGGUGACACCUCGAUCUUGGUCCUGCCAUACCUAA